AGAUGUGCAUACUCCAAUGACUGGGACUCUGGAUCGCCAUGGCAACUGCCUUCCAGCGUGAGCUCUUCUACUCUGCCGGCCUGCUCGCUUUGGUCUUCGCUUGUUACUCCAACUCCCUCACCUGUGGGUUUGUCUUUGAUGACGUGAAGGCGGUCGUAGAAAACAGAGAUCUUCAUCCAGAUUCCUCAAUCUUUGAUCUGUUUUCAAAUGAUUUCUGGGGAAUGCCUAUGAAUAAGGAAAGGAGUCACAAGUCGUACCGUCCACUGUGCAUUCUUACUUUCCGUCUCAACUAUGCAUUUGGAGCGUUGAACCCAUGGGGUUAUCACCUCGUCAACGUGUUGCUGCACUGGGCAGUGUGUGUUCUCUUCUUGAAAGCUGCUAAAAAGAUGAUUGAUGAGGAGAGCAGUGUGAACGCAACUCUUCUGUUUGCUGUACAUGCCGUUCACACUGAAGCUGUUACUGGGGUUGUUGGUAGAGCUGAACUUCUGUCCUCUGUUUUCAUGCUGUUAGCGUUCAUGGCUUAUGUAACAGCAUCUGAGACCAUAAACUCAACGGACUGGAACUACAUGACCUGGUCAAUUUUGCUUAUUGCCAUGGCAACCAUCUCCAAAGAACAGGGAAUAACAAUGGUUGGAAUAUGUUGCAUCUAUGAAGUAUUUUUUCUUCAAAAGUUCUCUCUCAAGACAUUCAUUCAACAAUCCAAGUCGAGAACUGCUAAGGCCUCUCGAAGCGCAUCGCCCAACUACCAGGCUGUUUUGAGGGCUGCUCCAAGGUUAUCUUUCCUUAUCGCAUCCUCGGGUCUUUUGCUAUGGGGACGGAUGAGCAUCAUGGGGGCAAAGUUGCCCUCCUUUACCAGGUUUGACAAUCCAGCUGCCCUUUCUGCCUUUCCAACCCGUCACCUGACCUACCUCUACCUCCUACCAAUCAACGCUUGGCUCCUCCUCUGUCCCUCGACGCUGCUCUGUGAUUGGACGAUGGGAACCAUCCCCCUGGUGACCUCACUCGGUGACCCUCGGAACCUCGUGACUCUGUUACUGCUGUUGUGUCUCGGUCUACUGGUUCUGUAUGCAGUAUUUGCAGAAGAGUCAAUCUCUUGCCAACUUAUAAUGGCUCUAUCAUUCCUUGUCUUGCCAUUCCUACCAGCGAGUAAUCUAUUCUUUCCUGUUGGGUUUGUCGUCGCUGAGAGAGUACUCUACACACCUAGCAUGGGGUAUUGUUUACUUGUCGCCAUAGCGAUGGAGAGAUGGCAAGCAAAUGGUGGUACCAUAAAGCGUGUCAUCGGUGUCGUCUUUGCCGUCAUUCUGCUGUUGCAUGCCGGGAAAACUAUACAGAGGAAUCCUGACUGGAAAGAUGAAUAUUCACUGUUCACCUCUGCACUCAAGGUUACGCAGAACAAUGCUAAGCUGUGGAAUAAUGUCGGUCAUGCCUUGGAAAAAGAGAAUCGCUGGGAAGAUGCGUUCACCUACUUUAAUAAAGCUGCAACUGUACAGCCGGAUGACAUCGGGUCAUGGAUCAACGUCGGUAGAACGAAUCGUCAGCUUGGUAAGCUGGAGGAGGCAGAGACCGUGUACAGGAAGGCAAUGAAGUUUAUGCCUCAGCCAAGGAAAGGGGAACAAUAUCUGGCCCAGAUUGAUCCAAACCAUCUGAAUGUCUACCUUAAUCUUGCUAACCUGAUUAAGAAGAAUGAGAGCAGGCUUAGAGAAGCAGAAGAGCUUUAUUUGAAAGUGAUCAGGAUGCGUCCUGACUUUGUAGAAGCGUACAUCAAUCAAGGGGAGAUUCUCCUGAAACGAGGCCAGUUAGACGAAGCGGAGUCCCUCUACCAGCAGGCGGCCAGGUUAGACCCACUCAAAGCAGAUACACACUACAACCUGGGAGUUGUAUCGAUGAAAAAGGGGCAGAAGCCCAAAGCACUCAAACACUUUGAUCGGGCUGUUGAGAUAGAUCCCCGUCACAAGAUGGCGCUAUACAACUCAGCGCUCUUCAUUCAAGAAUCUGGCCUUGCUGCUCGAAGGAAAGAUGCUAUAAAAAGGCUGGAGAAGGUGUUAGAGAUUGACCCACAGAGUGAGAUGAGUUACUCAACAUUAGGAAUGCUUGCUGUAGAUGAUGAUGAUAAUCAAGCAGCCCUUCAGUAUUAUCAGAAAGCACUUGAGAUCAACCCGUCUUCCCGUCAUGCCCUUUUCAACGUGGCUUUGAUUCAUUCAGAUGACAAGCGCCCUCUACAGGCCAAACCUUAUUUAGAAACUCUUCUCCAGUACCAUCCAAACCACACUAAGAGUAUGCUUUUGUUGGGUGACAUCUUCCUGAAUUCCUUUCAAGAUGUUGAAAAAUCUAAACAACUGUUCCAGCAAAUAGUGGACCUAGAGCCGUCCAACAUACAGGCCCAUCACAACCUCUGCGUCAUUCUGGUCCAGAGGGGUCUCCUCAAAGAUGGUGAGCGAUGUCUGCUGGACGUCCUAGACAGGGCGCCACACGCAGAAUUCGUCCGGACCAACCUGAACAUCUUGAGACGGAAGAUCAAGGAGAGGUCAUCAGCGAAGCAGGAGACGGGAGCAGGAAGCGAUCCAGGGGUAAGGUGACAGAUCGCCUGAGACAGUAUGUCUGAACCAACCUGAACAUCUUGAGACAGAAGAUCAAGCAGGAGACAGGAGCGGAAAGCGAUCCUGAAGUAUGAUGACAGAUCACCCGAGACAAUCUGUCUGAGGGGGCGUUGCUAGAAAAUAUUUGCAAUCAAUUGCAAAGUCACAUGUGAUAGGAUCAAUUUUAAUUAAAAGCAAUUAAGUUAUUUUUGUUGAUGCAAGAAGCAGACCAGGUGCCCGUUUCAUAAAGGACUUCAACUGUUGUAACUUUGCCAUAAUGGAAACUACCAUGGUAAUAGGCUCAGCAGCCAAUGGUAGUUGCCAUAAUGGCAAAGUUACAACAGUUGCAAGUCCGUUAUGAAACGGGGGCCCCUGCAAGCAAUCAAUUGCAUAUUUACAAUUAAAAGGUUUGUAACUGAUGUAAGGACCUCAAAUUGACUUGCAAUCAAUUGCAUGUUUCUUGCCAUGCCCCAUUCGAUUCCAGUGUGCUUUGUUUCUAAGCUUCUUUCAUGUCUUCGGCGAUAACCUAGGAUAGUCUUUCACCAAGAGCAAAACAAGGAGGAAAGCUUAAAUGGAGAGUGCUUGUAGAACCUUAUAGGUUAUAGCUAGAACAUUACUACUUGCCAAUUAACCGUACAUGGUUAGUACUGCAGUAUAAUACUUAUCAUAAUUUACAAUAUUUAUGAAGGAGUUAUCACUAAAAUUUCCCUAAGUGCUUAAGUGCUUAGUCAUACGCAUCAGACAUAUUGCUGACGUUUGGUUGUAACAUCAUCAGACAGUGUAUAUAGUUAUGAGAAACUGCCACAACAGAACAGAAUGUGCCUUUGAUAAAUGUCAUUUGAAUGAAAAAAAUUGUGUUAAGAUAUUGCUAUCUUGUACUCACGAUCUCAUAUGUCAUUUGAAUGAAAAAUAAUGUGUCAAGAUAUUGCUGUCUAUCUUGUACUCAUGAUAUCUUUACCAUAUGUACUUUAUAAAAGAUGCAACUGGUACAUCAUUCAUUUCAUCUAUUAAUAGCCCUGUUGCAGCCCCCCCCCCCC